GGCUCAGGGUGCCCAGGGAGGGGCUCAAGGGUGCUGGGUGGUGCUGGGGGUCUCAGAGUGUUGCCCGGGGCGGCCCUCACGAUUCCGGGGUCGUUUCAGCCUCCCGUGGGCAGAGAUCUCAGGGCUCCGGGGAAGGUUCAGCCUCCCGUGGGGAGGGGUCUCAGGGCUCCGUGGUCCUUUCAAUCGCCCGUGGGCAGAAGUUUCACGGUUCCAGGGUCGUUUCAGCCGCCCGUGGGGAGGGGUCUCAGGGCCCGCGAUGCUGUCGCAGCUCUUCAUCCUCUCCUCCAAGGGCGACCCUCUGAUCCACAAGGAUUUCCGCGGGGACGCCCCCGGCGGCGGCACCGACCUCACUGACAGCUUCUACCGUCGGGUCACGGCGCUGCGUGGGGACCAAGCUCCUGUGUUUAUGACCCACGACGGCCACCACUUCGCCCACGUACGCCACGCGGGGCUUUACUUCGUGGCCACCACCGGCAGCGCAGGGACCUCUCCCUUCGCCAUGGUCGAGUUCCUCAACAGGUUGGUGACGCUGCUGAGGGACUUCUGCGGACCCCUGAGCGAGAAAAGCCUCAGCGGGAACCUGGCUCUGGUCUGCGAACUGCUGGAGGAGAUGGUGGACCAUGGCCACAUCCAGACGACCUCUGCCGAGGUCCUGCGCAACCUCCUGCACGCGGAGCCUGUGCCCACCAAAGCCUUCAGCCUGCUGGACCUGGGCACCGUCGGACUGUUCGGGGCUGAGACGCAGCAGAGCAGAGUGGCCCCGGGCGGUGCCAGCUGCCGCCCCCUGGCGCUGCCCACGCACGGGGAGCAGGGCUCCAGGAACGAGAUCUUCGUGGACGUGGUCGAGAGAUUGACUGUGGUGAUCGCUGCCAACGGCACCCCCAUGAAGGUUGAUGUCCAGGGGGAGAUUCGCCUCAAGAGCUUCCUGCCCAGCUCCGGGGAGCUGCGUCUGGGGCUGACAGAGGAGUUCUGCGUGGGCAAAUCGGAGCUGCGAGGCUACGGCACCGCGGUGCGGGUGGACGAUUGCAGCUUCCACAGCUGCGUGCAGCUGGACGAGUUCCACAGCAGCAGAGUGCUGAAGGUCACUCCUGGGCAGGGCGAGCUCACCCUCAUGCAGUACCAGCUGGCAGACGACCCUCCCACGCCCCUGCCCUUCCGCCUCUUCCCCACCGUGGACCAGGACCCCACGGGCAGGCUCCGACUCUACCUGAAGCUGCGCUGUGACCUCCCCCCCAAAAGCCAAGCUCUCAACGUGCGCCUGCAGCUACCAGUGCCCAAGGGGGUGAGCAGCCUGGCACAGGAGCUGAGCAGCCCUGAGCAGACAGCAGAGCUGCAGCCUGGCACCAAGUCCCUCUGCUGGAGCAUCCCACGGUGCCAGGGGGGGUCCCAGCUGGCAGCCACCUUCAAGAUGGCAGUGCCAGGCCCGGGGGCGCUGCUGGAGCUGGGUCCUGCUGCCCUCAGCUUUGAGCUGCCAGGGACCACCUGCUCGGGGCUCCGGGUCCGGUUCCUGCGGGCACCGGGGGGGGGCCCCGGGGGUGCCCCCCAGCGCUGGGUGAGGUACCUGACCCACAGCGACUCCUACGUCCUGCGCCUGUGAGCCUGCCCUGGGGACCCCUGGCAGUCCCCCGGGCACUGCCUGGGCACCACCUGCGCUGCACAUGGGCACUGCCUAGGCACCACCUGGGCUGCACAUGGGCACCGCCUGGGCACUGCCUGCGCUGCACAUGGGCACCGCCUGGGCACUGCCUGCGCUGCACAUAGGCUCCAAGGCUGAACUCAAACGGAGCUUUAUUAGCUGGCCCCAAACUGAGCUGCAGCAAUAAACUGGCACCAAACUGGUACCAAA